CGCCUGGUGCGGCGGCUUCGUGGCCUGGGUCAGGCCCUGCGCGAGGCGGAGGCCGACGGCGCGGCCUGGUCCCUAUUGCAUGCCCAGGCCGCGCCGCUGCGCACCGAACUAGCUGAGCGGUUACAGCCACUGUCCCAGGCCGCCUAUAUGGGCGAGGCGCGGCGGAGGCUAGAGAGGGUCCGGCGCCGCCGGCUGCGGCUUCGCGAAAGAGCCCGGGAACGCGAGGCCGAGCGGGAGGCGGAGGCCGCGCGGGCAGCGGAACGCGAGCAGGAGAUUGACCGCUGGCGGGUCAAGUGCGUACAGGAGGUGGAGGAGAAGAAGCGGGAGCAGGAACUCAAGGCUGCUGCUGACGGAGUCUUAUCUGAAGUGAGGAAAAAACAAGCAGACACCAAAAGAAUGGUGGACAUUCUUAGAGCUUUGGAGAAAUUGAGGAAACUGAGGAAAGAAGCAGCAGCAAGGAAAGGGGUCUGUCCUCCAGCCUCAGCAGAUGAGACUUUUGAGCACCAUCUUCAGCGACUGAGAAAACUCAUUAAAAAACGCUCUGAACUAUAUGAAGCUGAAGAGAGAGCCCUUAGAGUUAUGUUGGAAGGAGAACAAGAGGAAGAGAGGAAAAGAGAAUUGGAAAAGAAACAAAGAAAAGAAAAAGAGAAAUUUUUACUUCAGAAACGUGAAAUCGAGUCCAAGUUAUUUGGGGAUCCAGAUGAGUUCCCACUUGCUCACCUCCUGCAGCCUUUCCGACAGUAUUACCUCCAAGCCGAGCACUCCCUGCCAGCACUCAUCCAGAUAAGGCAUGAUUGGGAUCAGUACCUGGUGCCAUCCGAUCAUCCUAAAGGCAACUCCGUUCCCCAAGGAUGGGUCCUUCCCCCGCUCCCCAGCAACGACAUCUGGGCAACCGCCAUUAAGCUGCAUUAGGAAAGAUGCUCCAGGAGUGUGGUCCAGCCAACGCUCUUUCCAGCUCUAAAUAUUAGUGAUGUUGCCAUCUUAUGAUGUAGACUAAACCAUAACUGCUAAACUCCCUGUGUCAAUGCCCUAGCCUAAAGUUAUGCUUUCUUAUAUGCUCUGUCCUGGCCAGAGGUACCUCUUGAAUCAGGAGAUUAAUAUUGUUCUUCGGGGAGGAGCUGGGGAUAUACCUCAGUUGGUAGAGUGCCUGCCUCACAUGCACAAAGCCCUGGUUCAAUCCCCAGCACCAUAAAAACAAUAUGGUUCUUCAGGAAAGGACCUAGGUGAAUUGAGGUUAUUACCACAGGUAGUGACCUUGGUUCACUAAAUUUGCCUCUGUUUUGAGGGGCUUGGUCUAGAGUGACUUAUUAAUUUAGUCUAGCUUCCUUGUAUGGUGAUGGGUAAGUAUACUCAAUACACUUAAAUACUCAGAACAAGCGUGUGCUGGGUGGAUUUAGCAGCCCGUCACCAAUAACUGAGCGUAAAGGCAAGCUUGAUGCAAAAACCUUCUUACCUUCCUACCUAGAGAACACUAACUCCCUGGGGUAAAGGUCAAAAGCCUUCAGUUUUCUUAAUCCUAGUUUUUGUGCAGCUUGGGAGAUGGCAAGUUAGGAAGAUGGCAGUGGCUACAGGCUGGGCUGCCAGAAAACAUGAUGGCCUAGUCUCAGUAGUCAUGCAGAGAACUUAGGAAAUCUGAAGAGUACCCAUAUUCAAAUUGGAUCAUGUUUUAGUGGACAUGGACAAUGACUGUAUUUUCCUCAUGUUCUCCGUUCUAGUGAAACCACCUGGUUUUUGAAGUUCCUAGGAGUCUAGUUUUUUCAGAAUCUCCCAGAAUAGAAAGUUCUCUGUGGGAGUGGGACCUUAAUCUCAGUCACAUUGUAGGAGGCUGGUUUAGCUGUGGAAUUUUCUUAGGAACUCAAGCUUCCCAAAACAUCCAUGUAGUCAUAGUUGGGAGAAAAGGAAAUAAGAAUGACAAAAUUUAUUUUUUAUAUUCAUUAAUAAAUGCUGUUGAGAUGAUCUGUCAUAUAACAUGUCAACUUUUGUUUUGGUUUGUUUUGAUUUUUGCCAAUUUUGUUAUUUAAUUUCUGAAAAACUAAA